UAGUUCCGGCUAGUUUAACAGACAGCUUAGGAAUUUCAGAUCCUUUAAAGUUCCAUCUGCUGCACAGUUCAGUUCAGGUUCAGAACACAAAGAUGGUGAAAAUGGGAUUACUUCUAGCCGUGCUUCUCGUCACUCUGUUUGCCAUCAUUAGCACAUCAGAGGCCAGUCCUGGGGCAAUUGAUCAAAUUUGCAUCGAUCGAGCAUGCACUACUGAAUACAACCCCGUUUGUGGCAGUGACGGGAGGACAUACGGCAAUAAGUGCUCCUUCAGCCUUGCGAAAAGAUGCGACAAUCCUAGGCUAAGGAUUCGGUGCUAUGGAGAAUGCCAUAAGUGUAGAACUCACUGAUUGACAGAAGGUCUUCAUUAAUAAUGGAAGAAAUAGUUUUAUAGAUAAUACAUAAAGGCUACUGUAUCAUCUAUGCAAACCUUCAAGUAUUGCCACUGUAGACUUGCCUAAGAAUUCUUCCAUGGAAUAUCUACACCAUUCAUUGAAUUUGCUAUCACGGAGGCAUUGUAUCAUUUGUGUAAAAAACGAUAAAUAAAACAUGCAUCCAAUA